AUGGGGUAUAAAACAAGUUUCAGCGCAACGCAGAAGAAGUUUCAAACAAGUUUGCGGAGAAGAAACAAUAAGGUUUUGAUUACAGGAGUUCAAGGUUGCUUGCGAUGUCCAUCCCUAGAGCAAACAACGUCGAGAUACUUGGCAUUAAUGGUGAUUAGUGAUGAUGCUAAAGGCGGGAUUUUGGUGUUGACAAGAUACUUUCUUGAUUUCUUCAGGGCACGUGGCUUUAAAAGAGUUAUUGAUGAUUUUGCAAAGAAGGCAAACAUUGAUGAAAAACAACACACAAACAUAUACCUUAUUGGGCCUUUUUUUGUCAGAAAAAGCUCGAAGCACUCAAAAAACACUCUUUGCAGCCUUGGGGAAUCAUAUACGAGCACUACUAGAACGCAUUUUCCCCCUCAAGAUAGUGGCCAUUCAAAACUAAGAACAUCUUUGGAUUCAGGCAUGAUCACCCAUCUACACGUAAUUUUAGUAAACAUUGUGGUGAACAUCGUUUUUGGUUACAUAUUUCUUUCGUCGGACGUCCAUAUUAAUGAUAUGUUCAAAAAACUAGAAACAAAUGAACAGCCACAUGCCAAUCAAUCAAGAAGUACAAGUUCUAACUCCAAAUCAAUUGCAUCCAGAGUAAAGAAAAGACAAAGGUGUGUUUUUUCGUUUUCAAUUGCAUCCAGAGUAAAGAAAAGAUGCAGAUGCACUGAUGCAGUGAUGAAAAUAUGA